UCCUUUUCUUGUCCAUAGGUGAUACAGAAAUUAUUAUAGUAAAACAACCCAUAAAAGCAUCUGUCCAGGAAAGGUUUCAUUCAAGACGUUUCUGCGUCAGCAACAGCUGUCCUGGAGCUCGCGCUGGACCCUGGUUAAGAGAACAGACUUCAGCUGGGAGGAAGACAAAGACUGAGGGUUUUGUGGAAAUAUUUACCUCACUGUGACAGGAGCUUUGUGUAGAGAUUCCCCAUUGAGGUGGUAUCUCUUCGCGAUGCCAAAAUGGCAAGCCUGCUCCCACCCAAAGGCAACAGAGUCUUCCACAGAUUCACCCCAGAGUCACUGGUGGAAAUCGACAGGCUCAUCCAGGAGAGGAGCACCAGGGAGGAUGUAGAGGGGGUUGAGGAGGAACCACAGGCUCCGAGCAGUGAUUUAGAGGCAGGAAAGUGCCUGCCAAUGAUCUAUGGUGACCCACCUGAGAAUUUCCUCAACACUCCUCUGGAGGACAUAGACCCCUUCUAUAAAACACAGAAGACUUUUAUUGUCAUUACAAAGGGAAACACAAUCUUCAGGUUCACUGCUGAACCAGCGCUGUUUUGUAUCAGUCCUUUUAGCCUUGUCAGAAGAGGAGCCAUCAAAAUUCUUAUACAUUCAUAUUUUAGUAUGUUCAUCAUGAUCACCAUCCUGUCCAACUGCGUGUUCAUGACAAUGAGUAACCCUCCAGCCUGGAGUAAAACUGUAGAGUAUGUGUUUACUGGUAUAUAUACCUUUGAAGCAACAAUCAAAGUUUUGUCCCGAGGCUUCUGCAUCGGACCUUUCACAUUCCUCCGUGAUCCAUGGAACUGGCUUGAUUUCAUGGUGAUCAGCAUGGCGUACGUCACAGAGUUUGUAGACCUUGGUAAUGUGUCAGCACUGAGGACAUUUCGUGUGCUUCGAGCUCUCAAAACCAUCACAGUUAUUCCUGGUUUGAAAACCAUUGUCGGGGCUUUGAUUCAGUCUGUCAAGAAGAUGGUAGAUGUCAUGGUUUUGACUCUUUUUGCACUGGCUGUAUUUGCCCUCAUUGGCCUGCAGCUGUUCAUGGGAAAUCUACGCCACAAGUGCAUCCGUUGGCCCAUUCCCAACAGCACCAUGUUUGAUGAUUACAACUCCACCAUGGUCAAUGACACCACCCUCAAUGUCACAGAUACUUUCGAUUUCAAAGCAUACAUAGAAAAUGAAGAAAACCAAUACUUUCUGGAAGGAAGUUUAGAUGCUUUGAUAUGUGGUAACAGCUCUGAUGCUGGGAGGUGCCCAGAAGGUUACACAUGUAUGAAGGCUGGACGAAACCCAAACUAUGGCUACACCAGCUAUGACAACUUUGGCUGGGCAUUUCUCGCCCUCUUCAGACUCAUGACUCAAGACUAUUGGGAGAAUCUCUUCCAGUUGACCCUUCGUGCCGCUGGGAAAACCUACAUGAUCUUCUUUGUUGUGGUCAUAUUCCUGGGCUCUUUCUACCUCAUCAACCUGAUUUUGGCUGUGGUUGCUAUGGCAUACGAUGAACAAAACGAAGCCACCAUGGCUGAAGCUCGUGAGAAAGAAGAGGAGUUUCAAAGAUUACUUGAGCAACUCAAGAACCAAGAGCAAGAGUUACAGGCAGGCAGUAAAGCAUCUUUAGCCAGCCUGGUGACACAAAGUCAAGGGUCAAACAGGACAGGUUCCCUGCACAGUCUUGGUGGUGAUGAUGUUAUAAAUGACUGUAACGGACGAAUAUUGCCUCGCCUCAUUGUCAACAGAGCCUCCUCUAACAAAGAGUUAUCAGCUGAAGAAGACCACAGGUCCUUGAACUCCAAACACAGCAUGCAGUACCUGGACCAGCCCAAACUCUCCAAGAGAACAGCUAGUGCUAUCAGUGUUCUCACUGCAACGAUGGAGGUGUUGGAAGAUUCUCAGAGGCCUUGUCCCCCUGGCUGGUAUAAGUUCGCUGAUAUUUUCUUAAAAUGGGACUGCUGCACUCCCUGGAUCAUAUUUAAGAAAUGGGUUCAUUUUGUAGUGAUGGACCCAUUUGUGGAUUUAGGUAUCACCAUCUGCAUUGUGCUCAACACACUUUUCAUGGCCAUGGAGCACUACCCCAUGAGUCCGGAUUUUGAACAUGUUCUCUCAGUGGGAAACUUGGUAUUUACAGGAAUCUUCACAGCUGAAAUGGUGUUCAAGCUCAUUGCCAUGGACCCCUACUACUACUUCCAGGUGGGCUGGAACAUUUUUGACAGUAUCAUUGUCACACUCAGCCUGGUAGAGUUGGGACUGGCCAAUGUUCAAGGAUUGUCCGUUCUCAGGUCCUUUCGUUUGCUACGUGUCUUCAAACUGGCUAAAUCUUGGCCCACCCUUAGCAUGCUGAUCAAGAUCAUCGGCAACUCAGUAGGUGCCCUGGGGAACCUAACACUUGUCCUGGCCAUCAUCGUCUUCAUCUUCGCCGUGGUGGGCAUGCAGCUUUUUGGCAAGAGCUACAAAGACUGCGUCUGUAAGAUUUCUGAGGACUGCGAGCUGCCCCGCUGGCACAUGAACGACUUCUUCCACUCUUUCCUCAUUGUCUUUCGGAUCUUGUGUGGAGAGUGGAUCGAGACCAUGUGGGUCUGCAUGGAGGUGGCGGGAGCGAGCAUGUGCCUGAUAGUCUUCAUGAUGGUCAUGGUCAUUGGAAACCUUGUGGUACUGAACCUGUUCCUGGCUCUGCUGCUCAGCUCCUUCAGCGGGGAUAACCUGUCUGGAGGGGAUGAUGAUGGUGAGAUGAACAACCUUCAGAUCGCCAUUGGUCGCAUCACCAGGGGUAUAGAUUGGCUCAAAUCCUUCAUCGCCAGAAAGUUGCGCCAGAUUCUAGGAAAGAAACCUCCUGACAAUAAUGAAGGAGGAAGGGAAGGAGACAUAGAACUGUGUGCUAUUAAUCACCUGGAUGAGGGGAAAAUGGCAGAUGGCUUGACCAACUGUUUGCCUCCAACACUGACUGUACCUAUUGCUCGUUGUGAGUCUGAUGUUGAAGAUGAUGAGGACUCUGAUGAAUCUUCUGAUGAGGGGGAUGGAAAGGCUGCUCUCGAUGAUGAUGACUCAUCAGUUUGUAGCACAGUGGACUACCAGCCUCCAGAACCUGAGCCUGAGCCUGAAGAGGAAGAAGAACCAGAGCCUGAAGAGCCAGAGUCCUGUUUCACAGAGGGUUGUGUCAAGCGAUUUACAUUUUUGAACGUAGACAUCACAGAAGGAUGGGGGAAAAAGUGGUGGAACCUUCGAAGAACAUGCUUCACCAUCGUUGAGCAUGACUACUUUGAAACCUUCAUCAUCUUUAUGAUCCUUCUUAGUAGUGGAGCUCUGGCUUUUGAGGAUAUCAACAUAGAGCGCCGCAGAGUGAUCAAGAUUAUCCUGGAGUAUGCUGAUAAAGUCUUUACAUACAUUUUCAUAGUAGAGAUGUUACUAAAGUGGGUGGCAUAUGGUUUCAAGACUUACUUCACUAAUGCGUGGUGCUGGCUGGACUUCCUCAUUGUGGAUGUGUCACUAGUCAGUUUAACAGCUAAUUUAUUGGGAUAUUCUGAGCUGGGAGCAAUCAAAUCUCUCCGAACACUCAGGGCUCUUCGACCACUUCGAGCCCUGUCAAGAUUUGAAGGAAUGAGGGUGGUAGUGAAUGCACUGGUUGGUGCCAUUCCCUCUAUUUUCAAUGUGCUGCUGGUGUGUCUGAUAUUCUGGCUCAUCUUCAGCAUUAUGGGAGUCAAUCUGUUUGCUGGAAAGUUCUACCACUGCAUAAACACCACCACAGAGGAACGCUUCCCCAUGGAUGUGGUCAACAACAAGAGCGACUGUAUGGCCCUGAUGCACACCAAUGAGGCACGCUGGGUCAAUGUGAAGGUCAACUAUGACAACGUGGGACUCGGCUACCUCUCUCUACUGCAAAUUGCUACGUUUAAAGGCUGGAUGGAUAUCAUGUACGCUGCAGUGGACUCUAGAGAGGUGGAAGAGCAGCCGUCAUAUGAGAUCAACCUUUACAUGUACCUAUAUUUUGUUAUUUUCAUCAUUUUUGGAUCCUUUUUCACUCUCAACCUCUUCAUUGGUGUCAUCAUUGACAAUUUCAAUCAGCAGAAGGCUAAGUUUGGAGGGAAAGACAUUUUCAUGACAGAGGAGCAAAAAAAGUACUACAAUGCCAUGAAGAAGUUGGGUUCCAAGAAACCUCCAAAACCUAUUCCUAGGCCAUCGAAUGCGAUCCAGGGUGUGGUGUUUGACUUCAUAACAAAACAGUUCUUUGACAUCUUUAUCAUGGUGCUUAUCUGCCUCAAUAUGGUGACCAUGAUGAUAGAGACGGAUGACCAGAGUGCUGAGAAAGAGGAUAUCUUGUACAAGAUCAAUUUGUUCUUCAUCAUCAUCUUCACAGGAGAAUGCGUACUUAAGAUGUUUGCGCUCAGACAUUACUUUUUCACUAUUGGCUGGAACGUCUUUGAUUUUGUUGUGGUCAUUCUUUCUAUAGCAGGUCUGAUGUUAUCAGAUAUCAUUGAGAAGUACUUUGUGUCUCCCACCUUGUUCCGUGUGAUCCGGCUCGCCAGAAUCGGCCGUGUGCUACGUCUCAUCAGAGGGGCAAAAGGCAUUAGGACUCUUUUAUUUGCCUUAAUGAUGUCACUUCCUGCCCUCUUCAACAUCGGACUGCUUCUGUUCCUCAUUAUGUUCAUCUUUUCAAUCUUUGGCAUGUCUAAUUUUGCCUAUGUAAAAAAGCAGGCAGGCAUCGACGAUAUCUUCAACUUUGAAACCUUUGGCGGCAGCAUCAUCUGCCUGUUUGAGAUCACAACCUCGGCAGGCUGGGAUGGGCUUCUGCUGCCUAUUCUGAACAGCGGCCCUCCAGACUGUGACCCUGACAUAGAGAACCCUGGUACAGACGUUCGGGGGAACUGCGGGAAUCCUGGCAUGGGUAUCAUGUUUUUCUGCAGUUACAUCAUCAUGUCAUUCCUGGUGGUCGUGAACAUGUACAUUGCUAUCAUUCUUGAGAACUUCAACGUUGCUCAAGAGGAGAGUGGAGACCCGCUCUGUGAGGAUGACUUUACGAUGUUUGACGAGACGUGGGAAAAGUUUGACAUUGAUGGAACACUGUUUAUUGAGUACAGCCGCUUGUUUGACUUCGUCGAUGCUUUGCAGGAGCCUUUACGAAUUGCCAAACCCAACCGCCUUAAACUAAUCACCAUGGAUCUACCCAUUGUAACCGGUGACAAAAUCCACUGUCUGGAUAUUCUUUUGGCAGUUACCCGUGAGGUUCUUGGUGACACGAUUGAGAUGGCUGCCAUGAAGGAGAGCAUUGAAGCCAAAUUCACAAUGAGCAAUCCUACAUCUGCCUCCUUUGAACCAAUCACCACCACUCUCAGGAGGAAAGAGGAAGUGCAUGCAGCCGUUGCGGUUCAACGAACAUACCGUAGACAUCUCCUCAAACGUGCUAUCCGGUAUGCAUGCUUCAUGCAUCGUUCAAAGAGGAAAGUCAGGGGUCAAAACGAUGAAGAACCUCCUGAAACCGAAGGGUUAAUUGCAAGGAAAAUGGAUGCCCUUUAUGGCAGCAAUCCAGAACUUGCCAUGGCUCUUGAGCUGCAGGCUAGGCCGCUGCCACCUAAUGCACAGCCGCCCAAGCCCACCUCGGUCAUGCAGCACCGAGUAUCCAUAGCCUACCCUCGUCCACAGGGACAACUCACACUUCCAGUGGAGCUUACAAGUGAGGCGAUCCUCCAGUCUGCACCCAUGAUGCAUGGCCUCUGCAGUUUAGAGAAUGCAACAAUAAAAGAGUCAGUAGUAUAACUGGUGAGAUAAUCCUUGUGAUGUAAAAUGGAGUAUCACCUGCACGCACUGAACAAUUACUCUCCUAAAACAAGAUGGCUUAAAGGAUUACACAGGACUGCUACAGUGUGACAGCAUUGGAAUGCUAUUUCUUGGGAGUACUGUUUUUUUUUAUUGUUUAUACUUUUGUAAAGACCAGUUUCAUUUAGGAUUCAUUUUGUUUGAUCCCAAUUAAAAAUUUCCCAGUAUAUUUGUCAUAACUUAGCCAUGUUCUUUUGCCCUUAUACAGUACAUAUAUAUAUGUUUGCGUUUUUUUCCUGUUGUAGCGCCACCAAGUGGCUAAGUGCUGCAGUUAUUUUCACAUGACCUUAGACUGAAUCCAUACACAAAUGUGCCAAGUUUGGUGAAAAUAUCUCAUUCCAUUCAAGACUUGCAGCCAUUUAAGUGAAAGUGGCCACACCCACUUUUUAAAUUUAGAUUUUUGGGAAUAAUUUAGUGAUGGGUCGUUCUUGAACGAUUCGUUCAUUUUGAACAAAUCUUUAAUGUGACUCGGUAAGAAUAAAUCGUCUCAGGAGUGAUUCGUUCAGUCGCACAUGCGCAAAAUUCUAUGUUCUGUAGUGGAAUUAGUCAUGUAUUUCACUCGUUUCAGUCAAUGCAUUCUGAGCCAGAAAGAGAAUCGAUUAGUUCAUCUCAUGAGGCAUCGGGAUUUUCGAGUCGUUCAUUCAUCACAUGACAGACCCAUAAGCAUAACCAAUGGAGUCUGAGUCAGAAAGAGUCUUAAUAAUAAGCAACUCUUUAUUACCUUUGUUACAGCAUUCAGUGUAUGGAAAAUAACCAUCAUGAUCGAAAUUCACACAUUUAUAAACUGUAGUAGUAAAAAGCUACAAUUUGAGACCAGAAAUGUAGUAACAUAAAGAAACAAAUAUACACAAAGAUUUGUUGCCAAGCUAACUCCUUUCAUACAGUCUAUGGUCAAAGCUUAUGGGACUGUCACGUGAUGAAGGAAGACUCGAAAAACCCAAAGACUCAAGAUGAGAUGAACUAAUCUAAUCUCUUUCUGGCUCAGACUGCUUAAUUUAAAGCUUAUGGGGCUGUCACUUGAUGAAGGAGCGACUCAGACUCGAAGACUUGUCAGAUAAGAGGUUAGGUGAACUAAUCACAGACUGAAGACCCAGGUAAACAAUGAAUUCAUCUUUUCUGUUUCUUAUAGCGUUAUAGUUUUGUAUUGUUUGUAGUGUGAUCAACAUUUGUGUAAGUACUAGUAGACGUGUUAGGGAAUAACAAGUAACAUUUGAAUUAUAUUUUGAUAAAUUUUAAAUAAAAAAGAUUUGUUCAUUUUGCCGAAUGAGCCUCAAAGGUCCGAGUCAGUGAAAUGAUCCGAACUUCCCAUCACUAGAAUAAUUAGUAAUAUUAAGUGUUCAGAGAAACUUUGUACACUUGUUUGAUUGCUUUCUUGUGAAAAACCUGGGACAAUUUGUUUUGCAAAAAAAAAGAAAAGAAAAGAAAAGAAAAGUCCUAUAUGGAGGAGAAUUUUUCAUGUUGAAAAUGAAAUCACAAUGUUUCAUCCCCUGCAUGCUAGCACCCAGUACUUCUGAUGUAUUUUCACUACGGUAUCUGGUGACAAUGGUACAUUUCUUAUGGUUGUUUAAAGCACAGUUUUUUCCAAAAAGCUCCCAUUUACAGGUUUAUCAUAGUUUUUACCUAAAUCAUCUUUUUAAAUACUUAUUGCAAAAUGUAUCAGUAUUAAUAGCUUCCGGCGGACACUUAAUAAUUCAAUAAUAAUUCAAAGAAUUUACUACAGUGUUUUUUAAACCCUUAUAUAUAUAUUAAUAUAUGUAUUAUUAUAUAUUUUUCUUUAUUACUGCUGAAUUAUAAAACCUGAAAUGUUAAUUUCAGUAUAAUUCUGAUGUUUAGCUGCACAGAUCUCUGUUUAGUCUACUAUUUUUUAACUAUAUGCUGAAAAUCUACCAAGCCAUAAAGUAAAUGCAGUUUUCAUGUUCUUAUGCAGAAGUUAUUUCAGAAGUUAAUUAAACCUAGUUAGAAUAACCCCAUCCAUUUAACUGUAUUUAGCACUAAUAUCCCGAUGUGAAUUGAGCAUCAUAGUAUCCAUUUUAAUGAACUGAUGAAUAAUAUGUGAAAUUUAGAGUACCCCUGAUAACUGUUGCAAAGUUGCGUCAGAUUAUUUAUCUUUGUCCAGGCAAGGGCAUUACUCUGUAACUGCUUUAUAACUGAUUCCCUUCUUUACAAAAAGAGCCUGAAGUGUCCAGUAUCUACUCACAUGAUUCUUACCUAAUUUAUAUCUAGCUGAAAUUCAUAUUUAUUACCUGAGCUAUACUUGUGAUGUUUACACCUUCCUUUGAAUUCCUUUCAUUAUGUUGUAAACUUAAAAUUGGCCAUUUUAAAACAUUAUCAAGUUAAUAAUCCCAAAGUAUAUUCAGUGUUUUAGUACCUGUCAUAACUAGGAGUUGUAUGUAUUAGAUACAUUUAAUGAUGGAUUUCCUCUGAAGUCUUAAUGUGACUGCAAAUGUCUUAUUUCUUAAAACUCAUAAAUAAAGCACUUUGAGAUAUGUAUAUUUCGUAUAGUUUUUAGAUUUGGUCUCUUAUUUCCAAAAAGCAUUAGUUUACUAUAUGUUAAAAUGAGAAUUACUUUUGUUGAGAAUAAAACAACAACAACAAAAACUGGGCAGUUUGGUGCAAUUUUGGUUUCAUAUUGAUAUUGUUAAUAUGCAAAUAAUUUUCUAUUGUUUACAUUUUUAUCAAGGAGAAAGACAUUGCAGGGCUUUAGGAUUGGCUAGCCUCAUUGCCUGUAUAUAUACUUUGCAGAUAGAAGCCUAUUUUGUUAGAUGCUGUCUUUUCUUUGUAUCAUCACAGGACAACAUUUAAUUUAAAAUGUCCUUAGAAUAAAUUUGAUAAGAUAAAGGUGCGUCUCUUUAUGCUUUAAAGGUUUGAACUGCAGUCUCAGAUUGCAGUUCUUCACUAACACACAUUAUCUCAUGGCAGGAUUUAGUUGAGUUUACAGUCUUAGCAUGCUAUCAUGUGUUGUUUGUGGAUAUGUUUUCCCAGAGGUGUUUAUCGAGACCAUUUUUUUUCCAUUCGACUUGUGCUCCUUAUGACUUUUUCUGUGUGUCACAGUGGCCUCUGCCCAGAUAUCUGUUCUUGUUUCACACCUUCUAUUUUUACCCCCAGCUGGAGAUGUCUUCACCUCAGGUAACCAAUCUUAAUAAGUUUGGAAUCCAGUGAUCUAUACAUUGGCAUUUGUGUUAUGGGGAUAAUUUAGCUUUCACAAGCACAUUCACAGAUGGGAGAAAGAAUGAUAUUGUUGAGCGUUCUUACUGUUCAGAAAUGUUUACUAGCACAAAAUAUUUUACUGGACAAACAACUAUUUCACAAACAGUAUUUUUUCAGUAUUUUUUCAGUAUUUACAGUCGUUAUUCCCUCAGCUUUUGAGUCAAUCAGAAUCUGGGGCAUUAAAGUGUGUGUGUGUGUGUGUGUGUGUGUGUAAUUGGCAGACUGUCAUCUGGCCAUCUCCUUAGGCCACUGAGUUCCCAGCACUGAACCAGUGUUAAAGUACAAAGAGAGCUGGUGAAUUACAGUCUUGCUUCAUUGCAUGUCAUAGCAGUGGUAAGUACACAGAACUUGUUUUUUUCCAUCCGUCCUGUUUUCUAACUGCUUGUCCUUCAGGUAUUUAUAGUCACAGGGAUGCUGGAGUUUUUCCUUUGUAGUCUCACAUCGUAGGCAGGGAAACACAGAGGACUGAGAGCCACUCCAUAAUUUUUAUCAAAUCAUUUUAGUUAUUUCCUCAGCGAUAGCUUCUUUUCUAUUUUACAUCGACUGCAAAACUUUUUAAACCACGCUCCCUACAAUUAGACAUUGCUACAUUGCUUAUUUAUUGCUACAGUAAAAAUUGCUAGUACAUUUUACAA